GGGAAGCGAGCGUAGAUGCAUCGCUCGAUUGUCUAGGCGCGCCAGUGGAUAGCGAUGAAUCUUUCGCUACUCGACCCCUUCCAGAACGAUUUCCCAGAAGUGAUCGAAGAGUUCCUGGAGCACGGGAUCACCAAGAGCAUUGCCUUCAAUCGGCGUGGAACGCUACUGGCAGCUGGCUGUGCCGAUGGCUCCUGCGUGAUCUGGGACUUCCACACGCGAGGCGUGGCCGCCGAGCUUCGUGACAAGAGCUGCUCCUCUCCAGUGACGAGCGUCAGCUGGUCCAAAUGCGGCCACCACCUCGUAGCGGCAGCCAUGGACAAAUCACUCUCCUGCUGGGACGUUGCCAAAGGCGUCAAGAUCGCUUCCACCACCCUCCAUCAAACAGCUCUCCACGCUCGCUUCCAUCCGGGGAGGAAGAGGCCGCUCCUCUGCCUUGCAUGCCCGCUCUCCAGCGCUCCACUUCUCAUCGAUCUCUCGACUGGUGAGAGCUACCAGCUUCCACUCUCGGCGUCACCCAAAACUCCGGAAGCCGCCACUGGCCAAGCUGCAAAGGGAAAGGCAGAGGCGAGCUCGUACUCUUUCUCCGGAGCGAGCUUUAACAAGAAGGGCGAUCUCAUCUUCGUUGGGAACUCCAAGGGGGAGGUGUUGAUCGUGGAUACAGAGACACGGCAGGUCCGGAGGACUGUGCAAGUCCCGGGUGGUGCGACUGUCCGACAGAUUGUUUUUAGCCGAAAUGGACACUACGUGCUCACGAACUCGUCGGACCGUGUGAUCCGGGUUUUCGAGAACUUGCUGCCGAGAGAAAAUGCUGCGGCAGCGCUAGCGGAAGAUCCCGAAAAGUGCGACGUCUUGAGCAGUCCCAAGGAGUUCUCGGACGGUGUUUUGAAGGCGGUGUGGAAGACUGCCUGCUUCAGCAACGAUGCCGAGUUUGUUGUUGCUGCUUCCGGUGCGAAAGGAGAGCACAAGAUACAGGUGUGGAACCGGGAGUUCGGUCAGCUGGCAAGGAUGCUCGAGUGUCCCAAGGAAGGCCUCAUCGACAUAGCUUGGCACCCGACUCGAUCUAUUCUGGCUUCGGUCUCCAUGUCAGGCUUGAUAUAUAUCUGGGCGAAAGACUACACGGAGAACUGGAGCGCGUUUGCUCCAGAUUUUCGAGAGCUGGAAGAGAACGAGGAGUACGUCGAAAGGGAGGAUGAGUUCGAUUUGAAUGCUGAGGCUGAGAAGGCUAAACCAGUGCAAGCUGACAAUGAUGCUGAUAUUGAUAUUACAACAACGGAGAAAGUGGCUGUUUUCAGUGACUCGGACGAGUCUCAAGAUAAUCUCUACUUUCUACCGACUGUUCCUCAACCCGACAGUCCUGUUCCAGAAGAACCAUCGCAAGCUCCAGCCAGCCCACCCAAAGUCCAGGCGAGCCAUCCUUCCGAGUCGAACGAUUCUCCAGAGUCGGAGGAGCAAAACCAGAUUGAGCUGACGACGAUUGUUCAACAGAGCGCAUCUCCACCAGAAGAGGAGGUCGGAGCAAAUGGUAGAAUCAAGAGGAAAAGGAAGCUGUCCGAGAAGGCUGCCGAGUUGCAAGCCGAGAUCGGCCGCAAGUCAAAAACGAAGGGUGUCAAGACCAAGUCGACGAGAAGUGUGAAUGGCGGCGAAGAGGAUGAGGCACAAGAGGACAUACAAGAGGAGCCUUCCCCAUCUCUGGGCUUGAAGAAGCUUAACAAGAGGCCGCAAAGGGUGAAACAGGUUUCCAGCUUAAGAGAAAACACCGGCGACCCGCCCUGAGAAGAGCAGCAUCGCUUGUAUUCUACUCCGAGAGAGCUAACAUUCUAAUUCAGGUACUCGUUUGAAAGAAUCCGAAGUUCUCAUUCUCUCGUGUU